AUGCCCAGCGUCCCCGAGAAGGCUGUGCGCCGCCGCGUCGUCGGCACGUCGACCAAGAUGUACUUUGACUAUGCUCGCAUGCAAGACUAUGCACGCAACGUUACCAAGCUGCUGAAUGAGCACCCCGCGUUCCCGCUUACCGAGCACUCGGGCGACCAGGCGCUCGACCUGUUUGUCAUCCCCGACUUUGUCUCGAUCAUCCCGGUGCAGCACCUGCUGCAGGAGUGCACGAGCAGGGUGUGGGUCGGUGCGCAGGACACUUCGGACAAGGACGAGGGCGCCUUGACUGGCGAGGUGUCGCCGCGCACCCUCGCACAGGCCGGCUGCAAGCUCGUCGAGAUCGGCCACGCGGAGCGCCGCAGGCUCUUUGGCGAGACCAACCCGUGGGUCGCCAGCAAGGCAGGCGCAAUCGUGCGCAACGGCAUGAUUCCGCUCGUGUGUAUCGGCGAGAUUACGCAGCCCGACAACGACACGGAGCUCGCCGUGAACGAGUGCUGGGAGCAAAUCGCCCCGGUCCUCGACGCGAUCCCCGACACGGCCGACGUCAUCCUAGCGUACGAGCCUGUGUGGGCCAUCGGCAAGCCGGAGCCUGCAAGCGCGAGCCACAUUGUUGCCGUGACGCAGGCGAUGCGCCAGCGCUGCCUCGACGAGCGGCCGGGCCGGACGGACGCCUCGCUGCGCAUUGUGUAUGGCGGCUCGGCCAAGCCGGGGCUCUACGAGAAUAUUUACGAGGGGGUGGACGGGCUGUUCCUGGGCCGCUUUGCGCAUGACCCGGCGCAGUUUGUCAAGACCAUUCACGAAGUGUACACGGCCGGCCGCACCGGCGCCUGA